CUCAGUUCUAAAGGGCUGUCCCUUAACUCUGAGACUGUGCCUUUGGGUCCUAGUCUCUCCUGCUGGUGAAAACAUCUUCUCCACAUCCACUCUUUCCAGGCUUCACUAUAUUCACCUCUAAGUUUCGGAGAGUCUUGGACGAAAGGGAAAGGCGCUGUAAUGCAGAGAGAGCUUUCUGUCUGGUGGCUACACAAAGUCACCUUCAGACCAUGAAUACUGCAGAAACGGUACAGGAUGUAUAUAGCGUAGUUAGUUCUCAGUCUCUGUGAGAGGACAUCGAUGAUAAAGAUCGGUUUGAGUCCUGAUUUCUACUUGAACCUCAAACACUUGUAAAUGCCAGUCCUUGCAAACCCUGGGAGGUAGAGGCGACUAACCGUAACGUGGAAAGAGUCGCCAAACUUCAAAUCGCUCAAUUCACCCCAGAAGGAGAUUCGGGAACGGCUCCCACCAUCAGAAACAGGCCAACAGGACUGACUCACAGGGAGUCACGUUUCAGGAAAGAGGUAUUAAAUACACGAUUGUACAAAAGCUUGAAGACUGCAAACUGAGGACUCCACAAAAAACAUUUAUUCGACGGAUCAUUCCAGGGUUGUGCUGAAUGAUGGUUAACUGCUCUGUUGACCACAGAAUCCACCAGAUCCUGUUUCCCACCGUCUACAUUGGGGUCUUCAUCAUUGGGCUCCCAACUAACCUCCUGUCCCUGUAUCACAGCUACCUACAGAUCAGACAGAAGAAUGAGCUGGGAAUCUACCUCUGCAAUCUGACCAUCUCAGACCUGUUGUACCUCCUUUCCUUACCUUUGUGGAUUCAGUACAUGCUGCAACAUGAUGACUGGCAACAUUCUCGGGAACUUUGCAUCUUCAGUGGUCUGCUCCUCUACCAGAAUAUCUACAUCAGCAUUGGCUUCCUCUGCUUCAUUGCCAUUAAUCGCUUCCUCGUUGUGGCUUACCCUCUGAAAUUUAAAUUCAUACACAGCAGGAAGGCUGCUUUGCUCAUCAGUAUUCUCAUCUGGCUCAAGGAGAUAGCUGUCUGCACCAUUUACAUGGGCUCCAAGGUUCUCAGUAAAGACGAGGGGAAUGACACUCUGUGUUUUGAACAUUAUCCACUGCGUCAAAAGGACAGAUAUUUAAAUAUUUACAAACUUUCAAUUGGCUUCGGCCUUCCUUUGAUUUUAUUUCUCUACUCUUACUAUAAAGUGCUGAGGGUUGUCCACAAACUCCGUGGGUCUGAAAGAAAGCGGAAAUUAAGAAUAAAAAAAUUGGUAUCUGGGACAAUUAUCAUUUUCCUGGCUUGCUUUGCUCCUUAUCACAUUUUCCUGAUGGUUCGAAGCAUAUUUGAGUAUGACUGUCCCUUUGCUGACAGUAUUUUUGAGGUUUACCAUGUUGGGCUCCUGCUGAUGAGUUUAAACUGUGUAGCUGAUCCCAUCUUGUACUGUUUCGUAUCUCCGAGUUCACAGGGCUGGUUAGCAAGUUUCCUAGGUCCUGUUAUCAAGGUUCUUCCUUGUGCAAAAAAACAAACAAUCACAGAUGAAAACCUCUGUUUGAAUUAAUAUUGAGCCCAUCUCUUAAGCUCACUCCUCUUUGCCAUUUUGUCUGACUUACUUGUCUGACUGUUUUAACAGUUUGUAUUGUAACAGCGACUUUAACAUGGUAACACAUCCUCAGGCGUUUCACAAGGAUUGAGCAAACAAAAUUUGACACCAACAGGGAGAGAGUUGAAUUAGAAGUAAGUGAGUUUGUUGUUUUAUCAUUUCAAGUUCUGUGCUACCUCAAGUCUGUUUCACCUCUCCCUUGUCCACUGCCACCCUCCCCAUCAAUUCCAAAACUAUUCUAUCGUCAUUCCUCAAGUAUCUGGAAUGAAACUCUGCAAACAAUUAAUACAUUUUUCUUUCAUUCAAUUUGUUUGAAUAGUUUACAGCACACGUCUGAGACAGAUGGGACCACAGCACACGUCUGAGACAGAUGGGACCUGCUCCAGAAGUAGGGUCACUGCCACUGCUUGACCAGAACUGGCCAGUCCCUUUGUCACCAAAUGUCUCCAACACUAUUGAUGGAGAAAAGGCGAAUGGGUGUCAAUGAACAGAGUGAAACUGAGUUUGCAGCACCAUCUCCUGGCAGUCCUAAAAACUGCAGGCACUGUGAGAGGUGUUGCAAUCACUGAUUUGCAGUUCCAUCUUUAGCAACAGUACAGGAUGACAGUAUCAAAUUGGCAUCAGCAUAUAUCAAUUUAUGAGCAAAGCAGAGACCAGGGGCUCAGGUAUGCAAUUCUUUGAAAUUUGUGUUACAGGUAAACAAGGUGGUUAAGAGGGCCUUUAGCACACUUGCCUUCAUUGCUCGGACAUGUGGGUAUAGGAGUUGGGAUGUCAUGUUGAGGUUGUACAGGACUUUGGUGAGGCCUCUUCUGGAGUACUGUGUCCAGUUGUGGCCACUCAGUUAUAGGAAGGAUGUUAUUAAACUGGAGGGGGUCAGAAGAGAUUUACCAGGAUGUUGCCAAGAAUGGAGGGUUUGAGAUUUAAGGAGAGGCUGGAUAGGCUGGGACUUUUUUCACUGGAGCACAGGAGGUUGAGGGUUGAUCUUAUGGAUGUUUAUAAAGUAUGAGGGACAUAGAUAAGGUGAAUGGCAAGUGUCUUUUUUUCCCCUAGGGUGAGGGAUUUCAGUCUAGGGGACAUAUUUUAACGUGAGAGGAGAAAAAUUUAAAAAAGAUACGCGGACAAUUUUCUUAGACAGAGAGUGGUUUGUGUGUGGAAUGAACUUCUGGAGGGAGUGGUGGAUAUAGGUACAGUUACAAUGUUUAAAAUACAUUUUGAUAAGUAAAUGAAUAAGAAAUGCUUGGAGGGAUAUGGGCCAAGCAGAGGCAGGGUGGGACUAGUUUAGUUUGGGAACAUGUUUGGUGUAGACUAGUUGGACCGAAGCCUGUUGCCAUGCUAUAUGACUCUAUGAUUCUAUGAGCAUUUAUUUGUUAUGUAUGUGUAUACUAUUAUUAUUCGUGCAUGGAAUGCGAGCACCUCUGCUGUUUUGUUCCCACCAGAAGUGACCACACCAAUGGCUAACUCUGUCAGCUGCCAGAAUGUGUUUGUUUUGAUAUGGAACCUUCAUUUUUCUUUACUAUCUCAAAUCACUGUGAGAGGAAGUACUGAGUGCAACCCUCAACUGUCAAAUGAGCUGCAGCUUCAGUCUUACCAGUAACUAUAUGAUGUACACUUCCCUCCUCCCAAAAUGAUUUUUUGCUAAUUGUCAGCAUGUACCAGCAGAAUUCGUCAGCCUCGACAAUUACUUGUCACAGUUUUGUGCCUUUCCUGUUCAAUGUUCACUCUUACUGCUCCCAUAUUCCAGUCAGUAUGAGGAUUCCCAGAUGUCUCUGAACAGUGUCUGGUAGAUUCAAAACCUCUGAACAGUCUCCAGUAGAUUCUCAAACUUCCAAACAGUGCCCAGUAGAUUCAAAAGCCUCUGAGUUAAAGUGAGGUGACCAGGAGUAUUGAUCAGGAUCUGCGCACUCUACUCUGUAGAUAACUGAACAAGAUUACAAGUAGUUGCACCAUUAAUCAACCAGUCCUUGUCAAGCCUUCAGCUUUCAAGGCUGUGGACUCUGAAAUCCCCUCUCUAUAUCUUCAUCUUCUUCUUCAAUUCCCUGCUGAGGUCAGAUCUGAUAAUUCCACCUGAGCCAUGGGGAGGGCAGGCAGGAAGCUUGCAAAACCAUACUGAGCCAGAAUUAGAUUCCCUAUGGUGUAAACACGCCCUUCGGCCCAACAAGUCCACACCACCCCUUACAGCAUCCCACCCAGACCCAUCCCCUGAUAACCCACACACCCCUGAACACUACGAGCAACUUAGCAUGGCCGAUCCACCUAGCCUGCACAUCUUUGGACUGUGGGAGGAAACCAGAGCACCUGGAGGAAACCCACGCAGACACAGGGAGAAUGUGCAAACUCCACACAGACAGUCGCCUGAGGCUGGAAUCGAACCUGGGUCCCUGGUGCUGUGAGGCUGCAGUGCUAACCACUGAGCCACCGUGUCGCCCCUUAGAGCAGGGGUCACAGUUUAAGAAUAAGGGAUAAGCUAUUUAGGACUGGGAUCAGGAAGAAUUUCUUCACUCAGAGAAUUGUGAAGCUGUGGAAUUCUCUACCACAGGAAGCUGUUGAGGGCAGUUUCUUAGAUAUAUUCAAGAGGGAGCUGGGUGUGGCCCUUGCAGCUUGAAGGAAUCAAGGGGUAUGGAGAGAAAUUGGAAUGGGACACUGAGAUUGCAUGAUCAGCCAUGAACAUAUUGAAUAGUAGUGCAGACUCAAAGGGCUGAAUGACAUACUCCUGCUCCUACUUUCUAUGUUUCUGUGAACCCUUAAGUUAUUGGCUACAGUCUGAUCCACACUGACUGUUCAUUUCUGAACAUGUCACAUUUUUGAAACGCAGUUCUGGAAAGGCGUACAAUUUUGGGUUGGUGCCAAACCUGGUGGUUUAGAUACAGAGCUCAUCAAAUGAUUUGAUGUGAUUUUCAGCAGGAGCUACAAAGAGAAAUACUCUGUUAGUGUGACAACCCAGGUCAAGCUAUCAAGAAGAGAAGUUUCAUGUUAGACUUACCAGAAAACAGGGAGGAUCCUGACAAAGCAUCAGAAAAAACCUUAGAAUCAAUGGGAGAUUGACAAUUUGGGGUGAUUGUGGAACUAAUUACUAGAGACAUUUUGAUCAUUUGUGUUAAAUAAUUGGGAUUAUUUGCUGGGAGUAGACCAAAAUGCAACACUUUUUUCAUCUUCUUUUUGCCUCUUCUUUAUCAACCUGUUAAAUCUGCCAUUGUUCACUGGAAUUAGUGUAAAUCCUUUUCAACUUGUAAUCAGAAACAGAUAACAGCAGCUUUGUUAAUAAAACAACUUUUUGAUUGAGUCA